AUGAACUUCGAAAGCCACGAGCUAGGUGUCACAAAAUCCGUCGACCAAGAUGCCCUGGACCUGAUUGCCUUGGGCCACGACCAAGCAUUUUCACGCAAAUUCAGUCUCUGGAGUCUCCUCGCUCUCGCAUUUUGCGUUCUUGGGUCUUGGGGAGCAAUAUCCAGCGAUCUCGCAACCGGAUUCAGCAAUGGGGGCCCUGUCAUCAUUCUUUGGGGUCUCGUUUUGGUGGCGCUUUGCAAUCUUUGCGUGGUCCUUUCUCUAGGAGAACUCUGCAGCAGCAUGCCGACGGCCCUGGGCCAAGCAUAUUAUGUGCUUCGUCUCUGUGACAGCUCGACCGGGCGGUUCCUGUCGUACAUGUGCGCCUGGAUCAAUGUCUUUGGCUGGUGGACUGCGACUGCUACGCUGGUUGCUUUCAACACCGAUUUCCUGCUAGGGAUGAAACUAAUGUUCGACCCGGAGUGGGAUGGAAUCAGUCACGGCUGGCUUAGCUUUGUCGUCUACCUCGGCUUGUCACUUAUGGUGACGGUCGUCAAUGUCGUCGGUUGCCGGAAGGAUCCUGUGCUUCCAUGCUUGAAUAAUGUGAUGGGAAUUGGAUUUGUUGCUCUCUUUGUAGUCUUCUCUCUCGCUUUUCUGAUCUCCGUCGCCACAAACCCUCAUCUCUCUUUCCGAACCCCAACCUUUGCGUUUGGAACAUGGACGAACCAAACAGGAUGGAAUGAUGGGGUCACCUGGUUUAUAGGCCUUUUGCAAUCUGCCUACGGCCUAACGGCAUUCGACUCGGUGAUUCAUAUGGCCGAGGAGAUCCCCGACCCCCGUCGGAAUGUUCCUAAAGCCAUGUACCUGGCGAUUCUCUCCGGGGCAGGAACGAGUUUCGUCUUUAUGGUGAUUUGUCUCUUCUGCCUUCAAGAUGAGACGACUAUCGCAAACGACCCAUCUGGCCUACCGUUCAUUGGACUCGCUCAACAGAUAGUGGGCCUGCAAGGAGCUGCGGCUCUCGUUGCACUGUUCACUAUUAUCUCUAUUGGACAAAACAUCAGUGUUGCGACAACGGCUUCCCGCAUGACUUGGGGCUUUGCACGAGAUGGCGGGUUUCCAUGGAGCAAGUAUUUCUCUCACGUGGACCCUUUUUGGAAAGCUCCAGUGCGAGCGACAUGGGCCCAGGGUAUCAUCACCGCCCUAAUCGGCGUUUUAUACCUCUUCUCCACCACCGUCCUCCAGGCAAUCGUGAGCGUUAGUAGCAUCGCUUUGAUGAUCUCUUACGGCAUGCCAAUUGCCACCCUUCUCAUUGUCGGACGAGAUAAAUUAUAUCCUGGACCAUUUAAACUGGGAAAAUGGGGAAAGACACUUAACUAUGUCAGCGUUAUAACCUGCACUGUUGUCUCGGUCUUUUUCUUUUUCCCGGGCACACCACAUCCCAGCGGCAGCGAUAUGAAUUAUGCUAUCGCAGUCUUCGGCGCGAUGCUCGUUGUUUCAUUGACGUUUUGGUUAAUGAAGGGCCGGCACACUUAUUUUAAACUUGAAUGA